AUGGGUUUUUCGCGAGUUCGUCUGCUUGUGCUCUUCCUUCUAGCGUCGCUCCUGCUAUUCCUCACGUCGCCAUUGGCCGUCCAGCUUCGUCUGCUCCUCCGGAUGCCUUUCAUCUGGCAAAAGUCCGCAGCCGACUCCAUCAUCUCACAUGACCGCGACGCCUUCGAUGUCACUUUUCGCGCCUACGAUGGCGAACAACCUCCCUCAGCGCCCCCUCAUCCAUCUCCCGUUCCCGCGACUCUCCACCAUGUCCACCUCGGCGACACAGCCCUCCGACCAGAAUGGCUGGCCGCCAGGGAAGAGUGUCUGAGGAUACAUCCCGGCUGGAAGACACACACCUGGGACGACACAACCGCCAAUCAAUUCGUGCGCGAACACUUCCCCGAGCUCCAGGAUACCUGGAACAGCUACCCAUACCUCGUCCAGAAGGUGGAUGCACUGCGCUAUAUGAUCCUGUACAUACACGGAGGUGCAAUCUUAGACCUUGAUCUCGUCUGCAAGCGAUCGCUCGAGCCACUGCGCAGGUUCAACUUCGUUGCGCCCGCCGCCUAUCCCGCCGGCUUUUCCAUCGGCAUGCUUCUUUCCACUCCGAAGAACUCUUUUGUCCGCGAUUUGAUUGAUAACUUACCUCGGUUCAAUCGUCGGUGGUUCCUGUUUCCGUAUGUGACGGUUAUGUUUAGUACUGGGUGUCAUUAUGCGUCGACGAUUUAUACUACCCAGCCAAAUCGAACGUCGCUCCGUGUCUUGUCCGGUCCUUCCGAUAAUCCGAAUUUGCAUAUGCUGAAUGGGUUCGUGGAUACCCCGCUCUUCCGACAUCUCGGGACGUCAUCUUGGCAUGCGAAUGAUGCGCUGUUCGUUCGGAUGGUUGAGGAGUUUGGAGGACGAGUUCUAUAUUGUGUUCUUUCUGCGGUAGUAGUGGGCGGGUGUGUCAUGGUUUCGUUGUCUCUAGCGGCCCGACGACGUUCUGUGAGAAUGGAGACGCCAACGUCGCCAUCUAAGGUUUCUGAAAAGGUCGUCUGA